UUGACAUUCGAUGGCCUCCUCAGAGCACUUGUCUGGACCGACUCCGAGCGCUCCAGACCUGUCUACGAAGAAAGCAUUGAUACUCAAACCAGAGCACCAGCUGAUACCCGUCGCCUCAUCUUCCAAAGUCUCGCGACAACUUUUGACGGCAAGAAAUUGCCCUUUGAUGCGGAAUUCGCGAGGGUGCAGGGCGUUUGAUUACACUAGCGUAUUGAAUGGGGACAGUUGGAAGGUAUAUGCCAGGACGAAUUAUGACAAGGAUGGUGAUGAGAUAUUCCAUGAUUUGCUUGAUGUGUUAUAUGUCGUUUCUCAAUACCCACAGGUAGGGCGGGGUGGCGUUCCGCGAGAUGGGUUCCGGGAGUUUGCUAAGGAAUUUCGUUGAGAGCAGCCGGAGCAUCUUCACAAUUUGAGUAUCCCGCAGGAUGAAUUUCAGGCUUUGGUGAAGAUGCUUUUGAUUACACAGUUUGGGAAACCGGUUGCUCAGAUCGAGCAAGAUGCCAAUCUGGAUCGUGUUGCAGAUUGUGUCGUUAGAGCGUUUGCUCAGGUUCCGGGUAUGGGUAUUACCUGGGAGAUGUUUAAUCAGGCCAUCAAUAAGACGCCGGAGUUUUUCAGAGGCUAUCACCGCCUCCUAUUCUCUCUUUACAAGCCGUAUGACGAGAACGACACCAAGACCCCUCUAACGCCACCCAAGCUAGGCAGCAUAGCCACACUGCCUGUUUUCUCUCAACUGGGAAUGAUUCUCAUUGAAACGCUGAGCAUUCCCGGCCUUCAGCUACACAAGCACUAUGAUCUUGAUGAGAAUAUGUCAACAACAAACGUUGCUGCUCUUGCGGAACAAAUUACCACAAUCCCAGCUGAAGAAGCUGCCAUCAUCCUCCUUAUCUCUGGUUACCUUACACAGACGAACGAAGGGGUGGUUUUCGGAUAUCACCUCCCAUGGUAUGACUCCCCUGAUAAAGAAGGAAGGAAUCACUGUCUCCUGUUCCAACUAAGCCCCGUCCACGAUAUGUUUAGAGGUUAUAAUGCCGAGCGGCCAGGGUUUAAGGUCGAAAAGAACGGGAGCCUUAUUUUCGGAGAGAAAGGGAAUGGAGUGGCUUUGGUGUUUGAGAGGAAACUUAAGCGGAUGACAGUCCUUCACAGUGUCCCUUCUGGGAAUGAAAUUUAUGGUGCGACGUCUUGGAGGGGAGAUUGGGAGAUGGAUGUACAGGUGGAGGAGAUUGAGAUGUGGCUUGAGGUGUGAUGUAGAUAAAGGCUUCAGAAUAUAUAUUCAGUCGUGCUGCGUAUUUGCGGCUACCAUCUCGUGGAUUGUGUCAGUCAUGAAAACAUGCACUGCAGGUAUUGUUGUGGUCAAGAGCCGAAUUCAUUCUGGCUGAUGCAAUUCAACAUUGUCACUGUCUUGGAG